GGCAACCUCGGUAAACAAGAUGGCGACCUCCGGGAGAGAUCCCCAGUGGCCGAAGCUUUCCUCUCACCAGGGCUACGGGAACAGUUCACGCAAUGGAGUCGGGUCGGUACUGUUGCGCUCAGAAAAAGAUCGCUGGUCUUCUUUUCCCAUGGGGCAGAGACCUAAAGGCAGUUACCUCAAAGGCUCCUCCUACCUGCUCCAGCAGCUCAUUCACCGAUAUCAGGAGUCGGACGCAGACAAAGAGUACCAGGGCGAAGCUGAAGAAGUGGAAUCCUCAGAGUCCUCAGAGUCAGAGAUGCUGAAUUUGGAGGAGGAAUUCGAUGGGGUGCUGCGAGAGGAGGCCGUGGCUGAGGCGCUCUACCAUCUGGGGCGCUCAGGUUCUGGGACUGAACAGGUCUACCUCAAUCUGACUUUAUCGGGUUGUGAUUUAACUGACAUUAGCAUUCUCAAUGGAUAUGUUCACUUACAGAAGUUGGAUCUUUCAUCAAAUAAAAUUGAAGAUUUGUCUUGUGUGAGUUAUAUGCCUUAUCUUCUGGAACUUAAUGCUUCUCAAAAUAAACUGACUACAUUCUUCAAUUUCACGCCACCCAAAAAUCUCAAGAAGGUGGAUUUUUCCUGCAACCAAAUUUCUGAAAUGUGUGAUUUGUCAGCAUACCAGUCUCUCACUAAACUAAUUCUGGACAACAAUCAGAUAGAAGAAAUCAGCGGCUUAGAGCUAUGCAGCAGCCUGACUCACCUCAGUCUGGCCAAAAACAAGAUCACAGCGAUUAAUGGCUUAGGCGUGUUACCGAUCAAAAUCCUCUGCCUGAGCCAUAACCAGAUUGAGAAGAUCACAGGUUUGGACCAACUACAAGCCCUGCAGAUCCUGGAUCUGUCCCACAAUCAGAUCAUUAGCUUCCAAGGCUUAGAGAACCACGACUUCUUGGAAGUGAUCAAUCUGGAGGAUAAUAAGAUUGCUGAGCUGGGCGAAAUUGAAUACAUUGAAAAUCUACCUCUCCUUCGAGUGCUCAAUCUUCUAAGAAAUCCAAUUCAGGAAAAAUCUGAAUAUUGGUUGUUCGUAAUUUUUAUGCUACUACGACUAACAGAAUUAGAUCAGAAGAAGAUUAAAGUGGAAGAAAAGGUGGCAGCAGUGAAUAAAUACAACCCUCCUCCGGAAGUGGUCGCCACCCAGGAUCACCUGACCCACGUUGUCAACAGCCUGAUGCAGCCGCAGAGGAUCUUUGACAGCACCCUUCCGAGUCUGGACGCCCCUUACCCCGUGUUGGUAUUGGCCGGUCCUCAAGCUUGUGGGAAACGAGAACUAGCCCACCGCCUCUGCAGACAGUUUAGCACUUACUUCAGAUAUGGAGCCUGUCACACCACAAGACCCCCUUACUUUGGAGAAGGGGAUCGAGUUGAUUAUCAUUUUAUCUCUCAAGAAGUUUUUAAUGAAAUGGUAAACAUGGGGAAAUUUAUUCUAACGUUUAAUUAUGGUAAUCACAGUUACGGAUUAAAUAGGGACACCAUAGAAGGUAUCGCAAGAGAUGGUCUAGCAAGCUGUAUUCAUAUGGAAAUAGAAGGUGUAAGAAGUUUGAAACAUUCCUAUUUUGAGCCUCGAUAUAUCCUGGUGGUGCCCAUGAACAAGAAAAAGUAUGAGGGACAUUUACGGAGAAAAGGAUUAUUUAGUCGUGUAGAGAUUGAAUUUGCUGUCUCCAGAGUGGACCUUUAUGUUAAAAUUAAUCAAAAAUUUCCAGGAUACUUUGAUGCGGUAAUCAAUGCAGAUGAUCUGGAUGUUGCCUACCAACAGCUGAGUCAGCUCAUUAGAGAAUACCUCGGAUUGUCUGAGGAAACUGUCAGCAGUUUGGCUCCAACUGCAGCAGGAGCCCCCUCUAACAAGAAGACCCCCUCUGGGGUACCAGCACACCUGGUUCCUUCCCCAAGGCGCUUGGCAAAACUGCAAGCAGACGGCCAGAUAACAGAGCAUCUCUCUAGUGUGCAGGCUCAUGCAAAGGUCCCUGAAAAUCAGAACGCCGCCCCCUCCCAGACUCACGAGGCAGCAACCCAUCAAAAAGAGCUUCCUCCCAAUAGUCACGCCAGCACCGAGCUUCCUCCACAGCCCGACUCACCGGGUCUUGGUAUUCCCCAGCAGGCCCAAGACUUAGCCCCAAACCAGAAGGACGGGAACGGUCAACAGUCAGAUCUUUCUUCAAACACAAUAACCGCAAAUCCCUCUGAAAGUGAGGCCCAGACAUCCGAGGGGAAAGCGGGUGAAGUAGGCCAACCUGCCACCACUGCUUCCCCGGGCCCUGCCCAGCGCCCUGACCCACCUGCAGCCCACAGCCCUCAGCUGCACCAGGAUGAGGAAUCGGGUGAGGCCACGGUGACCCUCACUGGCCCUCCACCACCUGAACCGCCACAGGGGCCUGGCCCAACAUCUUUCAGCCCCCAGAGAACCCAGGACGAGGAGACUGAGUCAGCCAAUCUGCCACCCAACGGUUCCCAUCAUGAUCCCCCAGAAGAGCCUCCCCACCCUGAUGGGGCUAAGAUUCUGGGACCACCUCCGGAAGGUGCUCAGCAACCCCUAGAGGAGGGAACCCCCAAAACAGAAGUUGUCCGGGUCAGCACUCCUCGCCCAGGAUUGCCACAUCCCCGGGAUCCAGCAAGUACCCAGCAGACCCAGGACAGGGAAGACCCAGGGGCUGAGCUUCCCAGAGGCCUGCUGGCCCCCACCAGGCUGCCGCAGCCUCGGGUCCUCGCCCCGCUGCAGAGUCGGAGGCCCACACCCAAACUCCUCUCACCCAGCAGGGAAGCGGCUUCAGGGGCCUCAGAUCCAGCUGCCACUCCCUCUCCCAGGCCUGCGCCAGCUCAGGAAGGAGACCCCGGCAAACUUCCUCUCCUCAGCCCUCCCCAUCCCAAACCUCCAGGACAUCCGAGCCCCCACGUGGGCCACAGUCCUCAGCAGGCCCAGGAAGUGAAAUUGCCUCUUCUAGGUCCCGCUGUGCGGGAGCACACCCCGCAGCCCGGCCCCGCGCCGCCCCAGGAAGAGGGGGCUCAGGUGGUCAGGCUCCCUCGCAUUCCCACGCCCUUUGGGGAGCAGCAGUUGCCUCGGAACGCGGGGGCUCGACAUGAGUCAAGGUCGGUGAAGGAGAAGCAAGCGCCCAGAGUAGGCCGCUCCUCCAGCAAGAAGAUUCCAGAUGCGCAGGCCUCGCCCCAAAACCAAGAGCCGGCACAGCAGACGGGAGCUGGGAAAAAAAAACUCCCUUUCCGAAGAGAGACAGCUAAAGGACCAGCACAUCUGAAAAAGACGCGGCCCGGAAGCCACCAGACAGCCCUGCAGCCAGAAUCCCCGAGUGGACCGACCGGCCCAAGGGCGUCCAACCACCCUGGCCCCAGCCCUCCUGGGAGACGCCAGGGGAGCCGGGGAAGCAAGGCCCUUACCCUAGAAAGCCCUGAGCCAGCCCACGGCGGUCCGCUGCCUAAAGAUCCCCAGUCACAGGAAGAGAAGGAAAAAGUCCAUUACUCCAGAAAAAACGUGCCUGCCGACCUCCCACCAGACGACCUGGUUCAGAAGGUAGCCGCGUCCCAAAAAGGACCAUCUUUGAAAGAGAAUUCUGGAGGACUAUCUCAAGAAAACGAAACAACCCUCAGCAGUGAUCACCCAACUCCAGAGGGUCAGCAUCCACGCAGGAGGCCUCUCCCGAGUGAUGGGGCCUCUGCGGAGUCCGCACUGGCCGGUUCUGCUCCCAGGGAGCGUCCGCGGAGAGGAGGGGUUCGUAAAGGCGGGAGGUCUCAGAGGGGAGAGAGCGCCUCGGGUCCUCCAGGGCAGGGUGGUGCGGGCCCCUCCCAGCAGCCUGUCAGAGAGACCAGUCAGACCAGAGAGAGCUCUGUCCAAGGGGACAGCGCUUCCGGGCAGCACACCAAAGAAAAACGCAGCCGAAAACCUGGGGGAGCACCCCAGGACAAGAGCCCUGCCGCACCCCGGGAUCAGGAUCAGGUGUCCGCCGAGGAGCAGGGCAGCCGGAAAGGAAGACUGCGAGCCAGGGGCAGUCAGAGCACCAAGGUUUAAGCCAUUCCUGGAGCCGCCAGCUAUGACAUUCAUGUCCGUGCCCCCUGAAGGAGUGCUGUCCCCGAGUGGAAAGCCGUGGCUGGGUGCCGCGUGAGCCGGUGCUCCGACUCCCCUCUGCAGCCCCGGGUCCGCGCAGGCGGAGGGCCCGCCAGCGCUGUCCAGCCUCCGCCGCUUAGCAGCCCGUCCCUGCACUCCCGUGCCUCUUUCGAGGCUUGCGGUCGCAGCCUGGAGGAGCAGCCCCCAAAAGGGGUACCCCAGCCAGUAAUGCCCUGCUGCCAACCGAUAGAGCCAGCCAUAAAGGUCGGCGUCAGCAAGGGGCCGUGGUGUCCAGACGCCUACGAAUUCCAACACGCGUUCCAACUCUUGCUGAUGCAGUGCCGUAUUGCCAUUAAGUUCUGUUCGUUAGAAAAAUUCGCUGUGAGAAAAGCCUCUCGUGCGUCUUGCAUUACUGAGGGGUCCAGAAGCAAGAACUCUGAGAAGGAAGCCUUUGCCGUUUCUGGGUCUUGGCCUCUCCCACAGAGAUUCCAAACCCACAGUGAAUUUGUGGGAGUCCUCUGGAGGGAAGAGGACAAGUUCUUUACGUGCAGGACACUGUGACCCAACAUUUCACAUGUGCGUUGGCAGAUAUUGCUUUAAACUUACUUUUGUUUGAAACGUAUUUCAAAAUGAAUACUUUCCUUCUUCUGAAUAGGAAACUCAUGUAAAUUAGCUCAUGUCUUCAUUAUGCAGAACUAUUUGGUCAAAUCAGUUAAACAAAUGAAUUAGUGGGGGAAAGUUCAGGCAAAUUCGUUUUUCAUUUACCUAUCCGUACUGUCAGGAUUCUUUUGCUGGCCAGUGACAGGAGUUGACCCCAAGCAAGCUUAACGUGAGUCUCUUAGAAGGGAGUGGAAUCUCACAGAACCGAUCUAUGGGGAUGGCAGAGGUGCCGGGAGAUGGGGGCCAGUUAUUGAACAUAACCUGGACUCUUGUCAUCUCCAGUAUGUUUGUCAUCUCCUGGACUCUCAUUAGUUCUCAUUUCUGUUUCUUUCUCCAUGUCGGUUUCAUUCUCUUUGAUACAAAUGACGGUGUAUCAGCUUCUGAGGGUGUAUCAGCUUCUGCACACAGCAAGGAAGUUGGCCACUAACAUCUUUCAAGUUUUACAUCUCAUUUAACAUCUGGCAGCUCCCACUAGAAAGGGAUUAACUCAAAUGUUCCUUAAUCGUAAGGUUUUUCAAAAAAAAUUGUUCAGGGAAAGUCUCUGGCCUAGCUUGUGUCAGGUGCUCCUUCCUAAAGCAAUCUACUCUGGCUGGGCACAGGGUCACAUUUAGACAUGCCCUCUGGGCCCAUCUAGAGCGUAUGGAGUCUGCAUUCCCAGAAAAGAGAAUACUUAUGAGCAAAGCAUAAGUAUUCAAGUCUUAAAAAGUUACAGUAUAGUUAUUGAAUGUUUAUUAUAAUAAGUAUACAGUGGCAUGCUAAGUUGUGUCUGGUGCUCUGUAUUUUAUUUUUUAUUUUUUUAAUUUAUUUUUUAUGGUUGGCACUCUGUAUUUUAAAAAUGUAAUUGAUGACUAAAUGCCUGUAUAAAUGUGCCUUAUCUUUCACAAAAUGUAUGUGUCCAUGAGAUUGCAUGUAUGUCAAAUGUUAUUUAACGGGCAGUAGAGGAAAUUGAUAUUUUUAAAAUCCAGGAUGCAAGAGUCCUCUUGUAAAACAAAAAGCCUAUGUUAUGCUAGUAAUUACCCUCUGAUUUAUCUGGUUUGUCCAAGAUGAAAGUAAUAAGGUGAAUUUUUAAACAUAUCAUAACAUUUUUAUUAAGUUAUUUUAUUCAACAAGCACUGAUUACUUCCUAUGUGCCAGACACCCUGAGAGCUGCUCCAUACAGUGAAAUGAUGACACUUCAAGGCCUUCAACAGGGGAGACAGGUCAGAGGGUUCAUUAUAACACCAUGUGACUUGGGCGGUGGGAGUCCCCACAGCAUACUAGGCUAAGUUUAGCGUCGAAUAGGCAAGAAUAUUAUUUAUUAACUUUUCCAGACUGUCAUAGGUACCAAGAAAAGACAGUGAAUUCAGCCUGUGAUGUGAAAAUUGGAUCAGGAAACACUUCCAAGAGGAGGUUGUCCUUCAGCUAAGUCUUCAAGGUUGCAAAAUUAGUCAGCAGGUUGAUGGGAGAGAGGGGCGGGUUUCUCAGAAGGGGGAACAGCAUAUGCCCAAGCAUGGAGGCAAAAACCGGCAUAACAUUCUGAGGAUCCACAUGUCGAGAGAGCUCUAGGCAUAUGUAAAUCCAGCUUUCUGUGCCGUGCCAAUGAACUUAGAAACUUGAUCUAACAAUGGGGAGCCAUGGAGUAGUUAAAUUUCUUAGCGACACCUGUUUAGAGACGGCAUAGACGGUAGACUUAAGGAGGGCAACAGGGGAGGGAAGAAGAAUGGCAGGGAAGCCACUGAAGGACCUGAAAUAAGGCAUGCGGCAGAGAUGGGCAGAUUCGGGGAUUAUUUGGAUUGGAUACGGAGGAGGAUGGAUUGUGAAAGAGAGGACUGAGGACAGCCACUUAUUUUUUAUGAGCUGCGUGUGGGGUGUUUCAGAGGCACCAGGACCUCACUUUGGUGGUGAUAUUUAGAAAUUUACUGGCUUCCUCUUUGGGCAACUGUUUCUGAGGCUCUUUAAGGCAUUUUCAUGAGGAUACUAAUGGGAAGUGAGAAGCUAAAUUUCUCUUCAUUUGACCUGGAGGAAGCUCUAAUCACUUUCCCUGGGGUCAACAAUAGUGUAAGAUUUUUUUGUUUGUGUUUGGUGGUACGAGAUUCAGUGCAACUGGACAGCAUUUUGUGGUCCAGGGAAGGGUUUAGAAAAGAUCACCAACUCCUCUCUGGUGAGAGGUUUUUACUGCUGUUAUUGAUUUUCUUGGUGUAAGGGAAAUUUCUGCUUUUUAAUUGUUAGAAUAUAAAUAAAUAUUUUUAAAUUGUCUUUUUCUAGCUACAUUGACAAAGUUCAUAUCACUUUCAUUUGCUCUGUUUCUCAGCAAAGUGAUCUUUAUGGGGAAAAAUUAUGGACUUUAGUCAUUCUAGUAGCUAAUAUAAUCUUCAGCUUUUAAAAGGAAGUGUAGCCCCUAGUAUUCACAUGAACAGAGAAAAUAGUUCCUCUGGGCAUAAGAGCCUUCUUCAAAUAUUUAAAGAGCUAAAUCAAUUAUUUCCAAGCCUCAAAAGGUGAUUGGACCAAGGGCAUGAUUGGCUAAUUCACAAAAGAGGAAAUAAAAAUGGCCAAUAAAUAUGUCAAAAAUUAUUUAACCUCACUAUAAAUUGAAACAGAAUGGACUUUUCUGGGUACUAAAUUGGCAAAGAUGGAAAACAGAUUAAUACCCGUUCUUGGUAAGGCUGAGGAUAAGUAAGUACACUUUCUGUGUCAUCACCAAAAAGCAAAUUGGCACAACUUUUCUGGGGACAGUUUAACAGUAUCUAUCAAAACCCUAAACAUUUUCAUAUCUUUUAUCUAGUAAUUCUAAUCCAGGAAUUAUCAUAAGGAAAUAAUUUAUGUACAAGGAUAUCUUUAUAAUGAAACUUGAAAAUAAUGAAGCCAUCUAAGGGGAUUUUAAAAAUACAUUAUAGGAAAAAAGUUAUGGUACAGCCAUAUGCUAGAUUGCUAUGUUGCCAUUAGAAUCGUGCUGUAGAAGAUUAUGGAGAAGAGGAAAAUGUUUAUUUCAUAUUAAGGAAAAAGCAGGUUACGGAGACAUAUAUGCUUCUAGUUGUUAGCUCUGGUUAUUGGAUUAUGGGUAAUUUUUAUUUUCUCAUUUAUGCUUUUUUAGUAUCUUCGAAAUCAUCCACGAUAAACCCGUGUUUAUUCAGAAAAAAAUUAUAGAGAAUUAAAUUCACACACAUGAGAAGCUGUCAUGUGAAAGCAGCAA